AUAACCCUGAGUUGUAUGAGCUGUAAUUUUUUCCAUUUGUGUUGAUUGCUGCUUCAAAAGUCCUGAAUUUUGUGGAACCCUAAUGUUUGCUUUGUUGGCUGGUGCCAAGAUUCAGCUGUAACGGAUCUGAGAAUAUUCCAUUGGAGAAGUACAAUGGCAUCACUCCAAAACUCCAAUCUUCGAAACCGCUGUUUUUGUACAACUUCGCUGCGCGCUUUUUGACUAAAACUCCAUAGAAGCCCACAAGACUAUAAUUUUGUUCAGUUUCAUGUAGCUAUUUUGUGUUUCUAUUCAUAGUUGAGUGUAAACGGCAGAAUUCCUGGUUGGUUUGAUAGAGAUAUUAUCUUUGAUUGCAAAUGAAGACUUUCAGCACAUUCUUCGUGUGCUGAACACGAAUGUUGAUGGGAGACAGAAGAUAAUGUUUGCCCUAACCUCCAUCAAGGGAAUUGGGAGGCGCUUUGCAAACAUUGUCUGCAAGAAGGCAGAUAUAGACAUGAACAAGAGGGCUGGAGAGUUAACUGCUGCUGAACUCGAGAGUUUGAUGGUUAUUGUGGCCAACCCCCGUCAGUUUAAGAUCCCAGACUGGUUUCUUAACAGAAAGAAGGAUUACAAAGAUGGGAGGUAUUCACAGGUGGUAUCAAAUGCAUUGGAUAUGAAGCUGAGAGAUGAUUUGGAGCGUCUAAAGAAGAUUAGGAACCAUCGAGGCCUCCGCCAUUGGUGGGGUCUUCGAGUACGUGGUCAGCAUACAAAGACGACAGGCCGCAGAGGAAAGACUGUUGGUGUCUCUAAGAAACGCUGAGUUCGCUACCCACCCCCCCCUUUUAGGGACACUUCUCCAAUUUCCUUUUUUUUAUUUAUUUUCCUCUGAAGGACUUUUUGUUUUGUUGUCUUCUAAUAUGGUAGUUUUUGGAUUUUGUGUUUCUUCCUAAUGUUAUAGGAGCAAUGUUAUUUGGAUUAAGUUGAACCAUUUACUCAAUAUUUGUAGCUACAUUGUCUUAGAUUUGAUCUAGGCGCUUAAUUGGAUGAUAGGUGAUGAUGUGACUUAGUUUUGAGAGUUGUCUACUUUGUUUUCAUCCAAGUUGUUGACAAUGGUCGUUCCACUGC